CCCUGGGCUCCCGGGAGGCACACCCACUUUCCUUAUUAGGACAGAGUCGGAGCUGGAGCAGCCGCGGGGCGUGGGCUGGGCUAGCAGCCCAGAGGAAGCGAGCAGGGCUCAGUCCCGGCCGGCCCGCCUAGGGAGCGGCUGGUCCCUGCGCUGAGCGACCACUUUCUGAAGAUUCCGCUCAGGUCUCUGCAGCUCUCUUCUCUCCGCGCUCUCCAUCCAGUCCCUAGCAGAGACAUGGAAGAAUUUCUGCAACGCGCCAAAUCUAAACUGGAUCGAAGUAAACAGUUGGAGAAGGUCCAUGCAGUCAUUGGACCUAAGUCAUGCGACUUGGAUUCUCUCAUUUCUGCCUUCACGUAUGCAUACUUUCUGGACAAGGUCAGCCCACCGGGGGUCCUCUGCGUGCCAGUGCUGAAUAUCCCAAGAACUGAAUUCAGCUACUUCACAGAGACAAGGUUUAUUUUAGAAGAGCUGAACAUCUCUGAGUCACUCCACGUAUUCCGAGAUGAAAUUAACCUCCAUCAGCUGAAUGACGAAGGGAAACUCUCGAUAACGCUCGUGGGCAGCCACGUCCUGGGGAGUGAGGACAGAACUUUGGAAGCCGCAGUUGUCAGAGUCAUCAACCCUGGAGCGCAGAGCGAUGGCGAGCUGGGGUUCCCAGAGUCUUCCUCCUCUCUGGUGCUGAAGGAGUUCCUGCGCGAGGCCCCCGAGCUCAUCACCCAGCAGCUGGCACAUCUCCUCAGAGGCAGCAUCCUGUUCAAGUGGAUGACCAUGGAUCCUGAACUCCCAGAGAAGCAGGAGGAGAUCCUCUCCAUCCUGGAAGAACAGUUUCCCAACCUGCCUCCCAGGGAUGAUAUCAUCAGCGUGCUGCAGGAGACCCAGAUCAGCGCUCAGGGUUUAAGUAUUGAACAAAUGAUGUUGAAAGAUCUGAAGGAGCUGUCGGAUGGCGAGAUAAAAGUGGCCGUCAGCACUGUGAACAUGACGCUGGAGGACUGUCUGUUUCAUAGCAACAUCACCAGUGACUUGAAGGCCUUCACAGACAAGUUUGGUUUUGAUGUCCUCAUCCUGAUUGCAAGCCACACAUCGGAGGAGCAGCAGAGACAGCAGAUUGCUGUGUACUCCCAGAAUCUGGAACUGUGCAGCCAGAUUUGCUGUGAACUGGAAGAAAGUCAGAAUCCUUGCCUGGAACUGGAGCCCUUCGAAUGUGGCUGUGAUGAGAUCCUGGUGUACCAGCAGGAGGACCCUUCUGUGAGCUGUGACCAGGUGUUUCUUCUUGUCAAGGAGGUCAUCAAUAGGAGGUGUGCAGAGAUGGUCUCUAACAGCCGGACGUCCUCAACAGAAGCUGUGGCAGGCAGCGCCCCCCUAUCCCAGGGCUCUUCCGGGAUCAUGGAAUUGUAUGGUUCUGACGUGGAGCCACAGCCCUGCUCUGUGAACUUCAUAGAUAACCCUCCAGAGCUCAGUGAUUCUAACCAAGCUCAGGCGGAUGUCAACAUAGACCUUGUGAGCCCCGACAGCGGGUUGGCCACCAUCAGGAGCAGCCGUUCAUCCAAGGAGAGCUCGGUGUUCCUCAGCGAUGACAGUCCAGUGGGAGAGGGUGCUGGGCCCCACCACAGCCUUCUCCCAGGAUUUGACUCCUACAGUCCCAUUCCUGAAGGGGUCGUUGCUGAGGAGCAUGCACGUUCCGGGGAACACGGUGAACACUUUGACCUCUUCAACUUUGACCCAGCACCCAUGGCUUCCGAGCAGUCCCAGCCAUCUUCCCAUUCCGCAGACUACUCUCCAGAAGAUGACUUCCCCAACAGUGACUUCUCAGAAGGAAACCUCUCUGCCGGGCCGAAAGGGCUUGGUGAGAUGGGGAUCAGCAUGUCCAAUUACUCCUCCAGUUCGCUUUUGUCAGAGGCCGGCAAAGACAGUCUUGUGGAAUUUGAUGACGAGUUUGUCCAGAGGCAAGAAAGCUCAGGAGAUAACUCUGAAAGGAAUUUAAGCCUGACGUGUUUUGUGGGAGAUGAACCUUCUUCCCCCGAAAGGCUGAAGAAUAUUGGAAAGAGGAUCCCGCCAACACCUAUGAAUAGCUUUGUUGAGGUCUCACCAUCAACUGAAGAGCCAUCCCCAAUCUAUCCAGAAGACAUAAUCCAAAAUGUAACUGACACAGGACAUCUGGGGCCACCUCAGACCCGUGCACGGUGCAGAAGCUGGUGGGGUGGCUUAGAAAUUGAGUCUAAAAAUAUUGAAGAUGCGUGGAGCUCCAGUGAACAAGAGGCCGUGUUCCAGAGCCCUGGACCGUGGAAAGAUCAUAAGCCUGGGCCAGUUGAGAAGAGAGCCCCCGAGUCCACAUUCCAAACAAAGAGUCUUGGAUUUCCAGAGGCAGAUCCCUGGGAGUCAGAAUUUGGUCAGCCUGAGCUCAGAAGCGAAGAUACCCAGGACGAGAAGGAGGAAAGCUUGGAAUAUCAGCACCCACCCACAGAGAGGCCACAUUUGACAGAUGCCUCUCCCCAAGGGACAAACCAUCUGAUAGAGGACUUUGCUGCCUUGUGGCAUUCAAGUCACUCACCAACAACAAUGCCUGAGCCCUGGGGAAAUCCCACAGAUGCUGUCAAAGCCCCAGUUAUGGUGUCCUUCCCCACCUGGGGUGCAUUUGAUAAAGAAGAUAAUGCCGACACUUUAAAAAAUACUUGGAAUCUUCAUCCCACUAACAAUGAGGUGCCUUCUGUGCAGGACCCAAGUGAGUGGGCUCUGGCCCAAAGUGAGUUUUCUUUCCCUGCAGCGGAUCUACUGGACAAUUCCCUCACUGAGGUAAAUGAAGAUGCAGUUCCAGAGGUCUGGGGCAAGAAGAGCAAUGGCUCUAAGGAUAAUAUUCAUACAUCUGGAAGUCCCGUUUCUGAUCUGGGUCAAACAUGGAAUAAUGCUAAGGUACCAGGGGAAGACCAGAGUGGCAUGGAUCCCAAAGCCACAGGGAAGGUAUAUGAAAAGGAAAGUUCCUGGAACCUCUUUGAAGAGAGUGUUACGAAAAGAGGGUCUGAUGUGUUAGCUCCUUGGGAAGAUUCCUUCUUGUCAUAUAAGUGCUCUGAUUAUAGUGCAUCCAACAUAGGAGAAGAUUCUGUCCCAUCUCCCUUAGACACCAACUACUCCACCUCUGACUCUUACACAUCGCCAACAUAUGCUGGAGACGAAAAAGAAACGGAAAACAAGCCGUUUGCUAAAGAGGAUGAUUUUGAGACAAAAGACGCUGAGUUUCCCAAGGAGGGGACUGAAAUUCUUGCAACGUCACCACAGCAGCCUCAAAGAAAUCGAAUCGGUUCUGGUCCUGGGAACCUAGACAUGUGGGCAUCACCUCACACAGAGGAUGAGCCUGAAGGAAAUGACGCACACCACCCAGUUAAAAAUCUGCUCAAGAUAGAGCAUGCAGAAGAUGAAAAUACUUCCGUAGAGGAUGAUGCGGGAGAAAGCAGCCCAUCCAGUUAUGACGACCCCAGCAUGAUGCGACUGUACAACGAGGCAAACCGGCAGCUCACCCUCCUACACAGCAACACCAACUCACGCCAGACAGCCCCCGACAGCCUCGACACGUGGAACCGAGUGAUUCUGGAGGACACGCAGUCCACGGCGACCAUCUCAGACAUGGAUAAUGACUUGGACUGGGAUGACUGCAGUGGGGGGGUGGCAAUCAGUGGUGAUGGCCAAGCAGAAGGUUACGGAGCUGCAAACCCUGAACCUGAAACCCGGUUUUCCGUGAAGCAGCUGGAACCGUGGGGCACAGAACAUCAGGAAGCAAAUCAGGCCGACUGGGACCUCUCUGCCUCUGCCGAGCCCACGGGGGACACUGAUCCCAGUGAAUACCAUAUCCUGAAUGAGAAAAGUGGGCAGUUAAUUGCAAAUAGUAUUUGGGAUUCUGUCAUGAGAGAUAAAGAUAUGCCAUCAUUCAGAUUACCAAGCCCACCCAAUACUGCAGAGCAAAGCCCUUGGCCUGCUGGAAGUCCCAGGCUCUCAGUAAAUGGUAAAGAUGGUCACAUGUUAGAAGCCUCUGGACUUGGUGAGUCAGCAGUGCUAGCAUCUCAGCCUGACAGCCAGGACACAUGGACAGAGUCCCAAGGUGAUACAGCAUCCUCAGUGACCAGGAUGGAGAGUCCAGAACAUUUUGCACAGUCAGAUUCAUGGGCAGGCUAUACUUAUGGACAGAGUGAGAGUGAGAUUGAAGGCCUGGCAGCCUCUGGCAGUGUGCAUCUUGACAAAGAGGCAGUGGUGGGCUCUGGGGUGGACGGUACCUCUCUGAUUUCUAGAAAAGAGCCCACUGACCAGGAACUCUCUUCAGCUGCAUUUGAACACCGAGAAAUCUUUAGCGCCUCGGGAGUAAUCAGAUCUCCUUCCGUCACCUCCAGUCCUCAGACUGAGGAACAAAAGGAAGCCUUUGACAUUGAGAAGGAACCUUCCAGUGAAAAGGAGCCUUACAAUCUCUUUGCUCUGCAGGCAGAGACAUCCACGGGUGAUUUUCAGGCACAGGAGAUGCAUGAAGAAUGUCUCACGGAUCACAGCAAUUCAGGGGAAGCCAACACAACUUCGGGUAGUAUUAUUAACCUCUUAAAAAACAUUCCUGUAUCUGAAAUGGAACUUGAGAAACCCGAAGACCGUAACAUUCUAGAGCCAGAAAGAGCAAGUGAAAAGCUGCUUUACGAAUCUCCUCAAACCUUUGGCGUUUGGGAUGGCCCUGUAGACAGUGACGUAUGGGACAGUCACAUAAGUUAUGAGGCAGCCACGACUCCUGCAGGUGACACCACUAAGAACAGGUCUCUAGAAGCUCUUUCGCCAGGAAAUUAUGACAGGGACAGCCUCUCUAGUGAGUGCACUCAUUCAAGUGCAUCAAGUCCCGGCCUAAAUGAUUCUUCGGCUGCUUUGUUGUCCUGGACUCAUGGACCCAGUAAUGAACACCAGAAAGACUAUCCAGACGACAGGAGCAAACAGAAUCACCAAGAAUCAGAACUGCUUGGCACUGAAGCCCAAGUAGGAGUGAUCACUGAAAUGAAGGACCGUGCGAUAAACAGAAAGGAUGGCUUUGGAAAGAUGUCUGAUUAUGAGGAACCUAAGUUGCUCGAGAUUCCAAGCGAUUCCGCCAAUGGUGAUUCCUCAUCCUCUUCAUCCAGCCUCGGGACAGAUAAGUAUUCCGAACAGGCUCAUGCAUGUCAGGAAGGAAAUCUAAUGAUUAACUAUCAAGGGGAAAAUGAACUUGACUCUGUGGAGAUUGUGCAGCCAGAGGACACAAGGGACAUAUCCACAAGCUCAGGUUCUGGUGAAGACAGUGAGGGUGAGGAAGAGUUGCUGGAGAAGGAGCUCCAUUUGGCCACAGGCCAAGCUGCUCAGAGCAAAUCUGGGGCUUUUGAAACAUUGCAUGAACCGGAGUUCUUGGCCAAAGGGCAUCCUGAGUCUGAGUUUUCUGUCUUUGUGGGUAGUUCAGAGCCAAUAGAGAAAGAGAACAGGGCAAACCCAUUCUGUGACAGUCAACAAAGCAGCCCUGCUCAAUGGAUUUUGUCACCACUCAUGCAGAUGGGCACACAGGACACAUCUAUGCAGAAAGAGGCCAGGGCUGUGGAAACAGGGAAGAUGGGAGACGGCUCGUGGCAGGUAUCUCCCGGAGCAGAGCCUAAGAACGGAGAGCCUGCUAAAUCGGACCUGCUCAGCUUCUCAGAUGACAGCAGUGAGUGGUGGAACGCCCCUCCCCGGGAAGGGAGGCCAACUGCCGACGCAUCCGCAGAGUUGUCUAAUUCAGAGAGUGAGGGAGAGACGACCCCUCCAGUCUUCCAGAAUGCAGGCCCGUGGGGCGUGCCCGUUCAGCAUGGGAGGGAACCCGGCGACACCGGCAGUACUAACCCUUUCUGUGACAGUGACGGCGGGACGCCCCAGGAGAAACUUUGGAACAUUCAACCGAAGCAGCUAGAUUCAGACGCCAAUCAGUUUAGCCAGCUUGUGAUAUUGGACCACAUUAAAGACGAAGACUCUAGACAGCAAACCGCUGUGUCUUCAGCCGCCGGUGACCUCCCUCCUGAAACCCCUACCCAAGAGCAGUGUCGGGAAUCUACGCCAUCCUCCUGGGACCAGGCAGAUCCAGCAUCUACCCACAGAGAUGAAAAUGAAUACGUCAGCACCGGGGCUUCACCCGCUGAGUGCUACCAAGAGAACUGGUGGGAACAAGAAAGGCCAUAUUUCAGCCAAGUGACACACUCAAGCCCCGCCACAGAAAAUCUCCCUGCCCUCAGUGCUCCCACACAACCGAUAAAGAAGUCAGGCUCCGAAUGGGAUCGGCCCGGCCCUGGGGAGUCCCGGCAUAACUUUGUUCCAGAUAUUUUACACGGCAGCUUCGAAGAGGGCGGGCAACGGGCCUCUGCUUCGCCUGAUCUGUGGAUGGAUGUCAAGCAACCUUUCGCUUUUGAAGCAGAUGCUGAGAACCCCGACCUACUGACUCACUGUGACCAUGACAGCAACACUCAGGCCUCCGACAGCCCUGACCUGUGUCAUGAUUCUGAAGGAAAGCAGGAGACGGAGAAGCACGGUGACGGCGACCCGGGACCUGAAGUGGAAGCCAGUGAGCUUUACCUCACCGAGCCAAAGACGAAUGCUGACCCUACUGAGGAGCCUGGGCUAGAGUGUGUCCCACACGGACCAGAAGUCCAUGCUGCACAGGCAAUGCCACUGCCGCCGCUCAAUGGUCAGACAGGUACGAACAGCUCAGCUAAGCCCGACUCUUCCACACAUUCCCCGGAGCCUCCUCAUAUGUACGAAGACGACAAUACAAGUUUAGCAUCCUUAGAGGAAGGCACCCACCCAGGGGUGGAGGUGGUGGAUGGGAUGACCCCAGGCACCGGAAAUACGGACAGUGACACUUUUGAAACUCAGCAUGAGGUCAGCGUAGAAGGCAACGGCUCUUGGGUAUCGGAAGACCUCUGUCCUGGAAGUCACACAGGCACGACAGCCUUGCUUGGCUGCGAGCAGCCUUUUGCUUCUGAGAGCCCUGCCGUACUUACUGACGUCCUGCUAGCCUCAGACACUUGCCUGGAUGUGAGUGAAGCUGCCUUUGACCACAGUUUCAGUGACGCCUCGGGCCUCAACACAUCCACAGGCACCAUAGACGAUAUGAGUAAGCUAACUCUAUCAGAAGGCCGAUCCGGAACACCUGUUGACGACGGGGAUGCAGGGAAGCAAGACAUCUGCUCCUCUGAAGCUUCCUGGGGUGAUUUCGAAUGUGACGUAAUGGGCCAGAACAUUGACGAAGAUCUGAUGAAAGAGCCUGAACAUUUCCUCUACGGGGGUGAUCUCCCGUUGGAGGAAGGCGCACUGAAGCAGUCUCUGGCACCAUACACGCCCCCCUUUGACUUGUCCUACCUCACAGAACCUGCUGGCGGCGCUGAAACAGCCCAGGAGGCUGGCUCUCCAGAUGACGCGUCUCUGGGGAGUGACGCGGCAGAGAUGUUGCUCUCUGCCCUUCCUGAUCACGGUGAGGAAAGCCAGUCUGAGGCCAACAGCAGGCAGCCCAGACGCCAGAUGACUGUGUUGCAUAUUCACGAAGACCCUGAGGCUCUUUCCUCACCUGUAGGAGGAACAGGUUCCAACCCAGAGUCAUCUCCGUCCAACAAUGACUGGGAAUUAGAAACGGAUAAUUCAGAUUUACCAGCAGGUGGCGACAGGAGACCACCAAACGGCAAGGAGAUACUGGAGUUAGAAGAAGAGAAAGUAAUUCCCACAACAGGGCCUGAGCAGACAAAAUUAGAAUACAAGGAUGACAAACAGGCAGAGAAAAUCGAAGGCCACCAGUCACUACCUGUGGACUACAUACUUGUAAGCCGUGAAAAAGAUUUGCCAUUGAAACCAGAGGCCUGGGAAACAAGAGAAAACGCGGCUGAAUUAGAACAGUUAUCCGUAGGUUCUGGAGAAACAGAGCUACCAGAAACUCCCUUAGCAGGCGUCUCUAACACCUGUCAGCCCGGCUCUCUAAAUGAUGUCAAAGUUUGUUCUGCAGAGACAAUUUCUUCCCGCCACAAGAGGGCGUCUCUUCAAAGCCCCACACAAGACCAGAGCUGGCUGGUCUUGGGUCACAGUGAGGCUGGUGACCCAUCUGCAGGCAGCAGGACCUCGGGGCCUGGGUCUCCUGGCAGAACUGUGGAGCAGUGCUUGAGUCUCAGCUCAGACAAGGGACCCCAGUCUCAGGUUCCGGGAAGAAAUAAGCCUGUAGACUCUUUAGCACUAGAGGAAGUUGCUGGUUUGAGCAGCCAAUCAAGGAAGAGCAAGAGGCCAGGUCAAGCUGACCUAGACGAAGUUCCAACACAAGCUGCCACCUGCGAAAAUGAAUGGGAAAUGCUUUCAUCACAGCUCUCCCAGAAAAACAGGAUCCCUCCACAGGAAGCGGAAGAAGAGACAGAGUUUCUUGAGCCUGGACCCAGAAAGCCGAGACCAGAUGGACCCCUGUCAGAGGAUGUAGGAAUGGACAUCCGCUUUGAGGAGGGAGUGCUGAGUCCCACUGCUGCAGACAUGAGGCCUGAACCUCCCAAUUCUCUGGAUCUCAAUGGCGGUCACCCUCGGAGAAUCAAGCUCACGGCCCCAAAUAUCAACCUUUCCCUAGACCAAAGUGAAGGAUCUAUUCUCUCUGACGAUAACCUAGACAGUCCAGAUGAGAUUGACAUCAAUGUGGAUGAACUCGACACCCCCGAUGAAGCAGAUUCUUUCGAGUACCCUGGGCAUGAUCCCAUGGCCAACCAAAGCUCUGGUCAAGAGUCGGAGUCUAUUCCAGAAUAUACAGCGGAAGAGGAGCGCGAAGACAACCGGCUGUGGAGGACGGUGGUCAUCGGAGAGCAGGAGCAGCGGAUUGACAUGAAGGUCAUUGAACCCUACAGGAGAGUCAUUUCUCACGGAGGAUACUAUGGGGACGGUCUGAAUGCCAUCAUUGUGUUUGCUGCCUGUUUUCUGCCAGACAGCAGCCGGGCGGAUUACCACUAUGUCAUGGAAAACCUUUUCCUAUAUGUAAUAAGUACCUUAGAGCUGAUGGUAGCUGAAGACUACAUGAUUGUGUAUUUGAAUGGUGCAACCCCAAGGCGGAAGAUGCCAGGGCUAGGCUGGAUGAAGAAAUGCUACCAGAUGAUUGACAGACGGUUACGCAAGAAUUUGAAGUCAUUCAUCAUUGUCCACCCAUCUUGGUUCAUCAGAACGAUCCUUGCAGUGACUCGGCCUUUUAUAAGCUCAAAGUUCAGCAGUAAAAUCAAAUAUGUUACUAGUUUAUCUGAGCUCAGUGGGCUGAUCCCAAUGGAUUGCAUCCACAUUCCAGAGAGCAUCAUCAAGUACGAUGAAGAGAGAUCUUUUAAGAGAAGUGUGAGACUGGAUGAAGAACUGAGGGAGGCAUCAGAAGCGGCUAAAACUAGCUGCCUUUACAAUGAUCCAGAAAUGACUUCCAUGGACAAGGAUAUUGACAUGAAGCUGAAAGAAAAGCCCUAGCCGGCCGGCUGGAAGAGGGAUCACUCUCCGCCUCAUGGUUCUGCAAGCAACCUGGAUGGUGUCAUCUCCACUCUGCACCACUUGGUGCCAUUGGAAAUUUCCAAAGGGGGAAAGAUGGGAAGAGAAUUUGUUUACUGUUAAUGUAUUUUAUGAAAUGUUGUGUAUUUUCCUAUUUUGCCAAUUAUGUGCCUCAACAGUUUUAGUUGAACCUUAGCAAGAAAAUAGGACCUUCCACUUUAAUAUUUUGCUAACCCUUGGUGCACUGGGACUUGGUUCCUUAGAUUGGUGUUUACCAAAAGAAUAGCCUAAUUCUGCUGUUAGACAGAUGUGGAUACAUUUAUGUAGACUGAAUUUCCCUACAGAGCUUGCUCUAAGAUGCACAGGACUUGCCUUGUUCCAGGAACACAGCUCUCUAGAAGUCUAUGAAAUGCUGAGUCUGAAUAGGACAGACAAACAGAUAUGAAAUCCUCAUCAGCUAAGGCAAUUGCUCCCUUCCUGUCCACUUAAGUCAUCUUUUAGUUUUUGAAACGAAUCCCAAGUUUUCUAACUCCUGUAAGCUUUACUUUAACGUGUGUAAAUUGCUCCUUCAGGACAUCAUUUCCCUAAUGAUCUUUGAAGAACUUCAUAUUGUGAAACUUAAGAUGAACGUCAAGUUUUCAAUAGCCAACUAUGCUUGAGGCCACAAAACAGGCUCAAACUUUUACACUGAAAGUGCCAACUCCAAGGUGGCCCACUCAAAAAUUAUUUGGUUAACACUGAAUCAUCCAAAAUUAACACUCAGAUGCAUUGCAAAAGCGUUCUGCUGUAAGACGUUUAAAACCAAAUGCAAGUAUGUACUAGCCUUUACAAAAUAGGUCGUUUCUUGUUUUUUAUAUACCCCUUAAACUGCCAGUGCAAUUUCUAAUCUGUGAAUCUCUGGCAGAGGUUGGCAAGUUAUGCUGAGGUUAGGGCACCACUACAAGAAAAAGUGGUUUUUAUACUUACGGUUGAAAAAAAUUAAUACUUAACCAUAUUACAAAAUCUUACAGAUAUUACUAACCCAAAGUAGAAUGCUAGUGAAAACACAGAGCCAAACUUUGUUCUCAUGCUGUCCUGCUAUCCGAGGCUUCUUUCACACCUUCCUUACCCACCAGAACUGAAGAAUGACAGCAGACGGUUCUCCACAAAGCCAAAACACUAUCUUUACAGGAGGAAAAAAAAAAAAAGUGUGGUGAUCCCUACGAUACCAAAUAUCCCAUUCCCACCCUGGUUUCUGCACUUUUCGUAUUUAUUUAAAUGUUUUCACCAACUGGGUGGACAGAGGUGCCUGUGACCUUACUUGGUUUUGCCAGCUAGGCUUCCAGCUAGGACUUUGGAAGCUCACCCCCCAAACAUCAUGGUGACAUGAGCAUAGUUACCCCAUACUCGGAUUUGCUCGCCUGCUUAACAUAUUAACUCCAUCAUAUCCACAUUGAACCUAUGAAGUCACGAGGACCUCAGAGUUCCGCUCAGCAAAUCUGUAGACAUGGGACUGCGGAAAGUGAGUGCUUUUCACAACCGACUAGAUAUGGCGACAAUCUCCAUUCGUGUUUUCUUUGAGUCUGUGUUUGUUAAGACGACACAGGUGACAUGACACGGGUGACAUGACGUAGUAAAUUUACUGUGAUCAUUUUCAAUUAAAUGAUGUGGUUUGGAAUAUCCUAUGGGCUGUAAAAUCAUUCCAAUAUUCAGGCAUAUACUCUCUUACUAUCUUUAAAACAAACAAACAAGCAAGUUAUGUUAAUUGCACGUGCUAGAGAAAAGCUGCCAUGUUCAUUAAGUGAAUUAGGCUUCUAGCUACUCCUGGAAACAUAGCCCAUAAACAAGUAGAUAUAACUCACACAUCACUCGGCUCUAGCGCCUGCAUCCGGGGCAUUCUGGCUUUGGUCUGGACUGCCAGGAACUGCUUUGCACUUUUUUCCUGUAGAUUUGUAGUUAAGGGAACAUCAAGGGGUUGUUGGGACGGAAGCAGUGUUUUCACUAAGCAGCAAGUACUGUUGAGCUGGCUUUUGAGUAAGGGACGGAAGAAAACUCCUCACAGAAGAUGGGUGUUGAAGAGGGAGGACAACUGGAGGUGGAGGAAGACCCCAAAGUUCCUACUGAAGCCAUACAGUGUUAUAUAAUAAGGUUCCUCCCUAGGGCAUACUGAUGAGCAAAGAGGUCACUCCCCAUAGCCUCCGUCCUUAGGAUAUAAUUUUGAGGAUUCCUUUAUGGUUCUGCACGACCCUUGUCUUAUCACAAUGCCCCAGUAGUCUGCUAACUUUAGGAAUAUCUAGGUGUGCACAAAUUAACCUUUUAUAUAUCUCAAGAGUUUUCUACAUGCAUUGGAUUGCUCAGAUUAAAGUAUAUAUUAGACUUGUUUUGGUAAACAGAGAAAUUCUACCUGGAAAGUAUGGGUUAAAAAUAUGAAAAUAUGUAAGAACACAAUAUAUCUAUCUACCCUUGCUGUGUAACUCGAAAAUAAAAAUAGAUUCCACA